UUUUCGUUAUAUUCAUCAGUACAUCACCAAACCUAUCAGUAGCUAUUUGUUGUACAACUUACAAGUUAAUGUUAAGUCUAUUUGUCUUCUGAAAGGUAAAAUAUUUUCACGAAUAUACUUCUACUAUAACACUAGUACUGUUUUAGUACCCGAGAAAUUAUGCCGGCUUUGAAAAAAGUUUUUUUAGGUUUAACUCUAUGGUUCGUUAUCGUCACAUGCAGAUCCACCGAAAGUAGUAAAAGAAAUCUAUGUAUUCAAGCGACUGACAACUGCCCUAACGAGCAUAUUAAGUUAUAUUUAUAUACAAAUAAAACUAAAAAUGACCCUGUUGAGAUUACGGAAGACUCAAUCAAAAAUAUUGAGUUUGCGACGACUUUUGAUUUAAAAAUACUGAUACAUGGAAUCAAAGGAUCGAAAGACGAUGAUUUUAACACUAUACUUAGAGACGCUUAUUUCUCACAGGCAGAGUAUAACAUAAUAACGAUAGAUUAUUUCCCUAUCGCGACAUCAUUGAAGUGUUAUUCCGUCGCUGUUCAAAAUCUUCCAAUAAUCGCCAAAUGUAUAACACAAUUCCUCGUGGCGAUCCUCGAUGAAUAUGAUCAAUUCGUGUACGUACACGCCAUUGGAUUCAGCUUGGGAGGUCAAGCCGCUGGUCUCGUGGGGAAACUGUUAAAGGAGAAAGGGAAAAUCCUAAACAGGGUUACAGGCCUUGAUCCAGCACUACCUCAUUUUGAAAUGUUGUGGAACUUACUGGACGCAGAAAGUGCGACCAUGGUUGACAUCAUACAUACUAAUUGCGGUGGUCUCGGACAAAUGUUGCCAAUUGGUACAGUUGAUUUUUACGCUAAUGGUGGAAUCACACAGCCAGGGUGUGAUAGGACUAGUGCUAACAAGUAUAAUAAGUAUUGGUACUUUUGUAGUCACGAGAGAGCAUAUAAAUUCUACGCAGAGUCGAUUUACCACGGAAUGGGCAUGUCUGGAUUUUAUGCGACGACUUCAAGCACCUUAAACCAGCUCUCAUUAUUGGGACAGUUUAGUAGUUUUUCGGGAACUAAAGUAUUGGUUGGAGAAUAUCUUGACCGACGCACUAAAGGAAUAUACAACUUCUUAACCAACGAUAGCCCACCUUACGCUCAAGGAAGAAAUAAAUUUUACUCAUAUAUAAUGAAAUGGUUUUCUUAAUUAUAAUAACUAAACAAUAAGUGCAUUAUGGACGAUGAACAAGUACCUACCUAUCAAAACAGAAGUAAAUUAUAUAAUUUAUUAUUGAAAGUAUGAUGUACCUAUACAAUAAUUACUAUAAAAUAAUAGCUAUAAUCGUGUUAUAAUUAUUAAUUUUUUUUAAAUCAUUAUUAAAAUCAGUAGUUGGGAGUAGUCGGGACUAAUCGAAGUGCCAAAAUAAUUAAAGUGUUAACAUAAAUAAACAUUUAAAUACAGUGGACAACACGAAUCGAUGGCAUUUAAUGGUUAUAGUUAACAAAUAUAAUAUUUUAUAGAUAAGUACUUUCAAUAUACUUUCACAGUAUUUCGAAAAUAUUCCACAUUUUUCACUCAAAGGCCUUUAUGGAAAACUACGAUAGUUAUUUUCUUGAGUAUAUAGGUAGUUGUACAAUACUUGGUGUUAGAAUAACCAUAGUUGGAUAUGACUGGUGGACGGAAAAAAAAACAAGAUGAAGGGAUAUAGAGGUUUAGGAUUUAACGAUGGUUUUGAGUCUGAACUUAGGGAUUAUAUUUUAAUAUGAACAUUUCAAUUAUAAAGAUUAUAAUAUUAAUAUUAUGUAACAAAAAGUAUGAUUAUUUGAAUAUAGCUUAUGGAUAUAAUCUAAACAUUUUAAUUAACUUAUUGCUCUUGUUAAGGUAAAAUCAAAUGUCGAAGAAAAAAGAGUAAGCAUCGAAACAUACGACGGUUUUGGAGGUUUAUGUAGAGGCGAAUUUUAAAAAAUUGCCCAAACACAUUACUUUCAUUAUGUGGGUAAAAAGGUAAUUCUUCCAAAUACAUGAUGCCCGGCUCUUUACCACGCCAGUAGUCCCCCCCCCCCCCCAAUGGUUUUACCAGUGCUUUAUAGUUUAUAUUACCACACAAAUACUGAGAUAGAUAAUAUCCUAUACUUUAGAUUCUCAGUGGAAACGAUCAGUCAGCAUAUUAUGGGGGUUCUUUUAUAAAACACUAAUUGUAUUGCUCAUAGCAAUUUUUUUUUAUUGGUACAUAGGUAGUAAGUAUU